GGUAGAUAAAUAUUCAGUGUGCGCCGCCUAUCCCGGGACUGUGGCUCAUAACGAAUCAGACCAAAUGGAAUUCUGCACUGCCUUCUUAAAAGAUUCCGUACAUUUUAAUUCGCACAUACACAUAUUCCUCUGACGUUUUGCCCAGCAUACAACACACCGCUGGCGUGACCAGAAAAAGCUGCUCGGUUACAUUGAGAAUCGAGACAGCAGCAGAGACAUCCGAGAGAAAAAAUACUAAAUAGACUUUUGCACCGCUGCCAGGAGAGACCCAAGGAGAGGCCCAGCCACCAUGCCGCUGUUCGGUAAAUCCCACAAGAAUCCCGCCGACAUCGUCCGGACUCUGAAGGAGAACAUGGCCAUCCUGGUCAAACAAGACAAGAAAACAGAAAAGGCAUCAGAGGAGGUGUCUAAGUGUCUUGUGGCCAUGAAGGAGAUACUAUAUGGGACCGGUGACAAGGAGCCUCACACAGAGACGGUGGCCCAGUUGGCCCAGGAGCUCUACAACAGCGGCCUGCUCAUCUCCCUGGUGGAAAACCUGCAGGUCAUCGACUUUGAGGGGAAGAAGGACGUGUGUCAGAUCUUCAACAACAUCCUGCGGAGGCAGAUCGGCACCCGCAGCCCCACCGUCGAGUACUUCUGCUCUCACCAAGAGGUGCUGUUUGUGCUGCAAAAAGGGUAUGAGACCCCUGGGUCUGCGCUGAACUGUGGCAUCAUGCUGAGGGAGUGUAUCAGACACGAGCCACUGGCCAAGCUGGUUCUCCACUCAGAACACUUCCAGGACUUCUUCAAUUACGUAGAGAUGGAGACCUUCGACAUCGCCUCAGACGCUUUCGCCACCUUCAAGGACCUGCUCACAAGACACAAGGUCCUGGUAGCUGAAUAUCUAGAACAGAAUUAUGAUGCCAUCUUUGACCAGUAUGAGAAGUUAUUACACUCUGAUAACUAUGUGACAAAGAGACAGUCAUUAAAGUUGUUGGGAGAGCUUCUGUUGGACAGGCAUAACUUCACAGUGAUGACCCGGUACAUCAGCAAGCCUGAGAACCUGAAGCUGAUGAUGAACCUACUGAGGGACAAGAGCCCUAACAUACAAUUUGAGGCCUUCCACGUCUUCAAGGUGUUUGUGGCGAACCCCAACAAGACGCAGCCCAUCAUAGACAUCCUGCUGAAGAACCAGCCCAAACUCAUCGACUUCCUUAGCAACUUCCAGAAGGACCGCAUGGACGACGAGCAAUUCAACGACGAGAAGACCUACCUAAUCAAACAGAUCCGAGACCUAAAGAAACCCGCCUCUUAAAACCCUUCCCCUUAGCUAUGACCUUUACCCUAACCUUUACUUUUUAUUGUCGACAAAAAAUACAUUGACAAUAAUGAUUCAAUUUCUUAAUAUCGAAGACAUUGUCUUUUUUCUUGGUUCCUUAAACUUUGCAGAGAAUAGUUCAUAAUCAGAUUUUUUUUCAUUGUUUUUACUUUUAAAUGAACCCUUUUCUUAUUAGUGUGUAGUGUUCCAAAAUGGGAAGGGGAUUUCCUCUCUUGGGGGGAACCAAUGGUUAGAGACCUCUAGGUGAUUGGCUGAGUGAGCUGUGGAGACCACUGAGCAUCACUUUAAUUGUGCAAAUAUUUUUCCGCAAAUGUUCUUUUCAUUGCCACUUGCAGGCAUGAGCCAGCUAGAUAGUUCUGACUUCUAAUACUCUCCUAAUCUCACCACCGUAUACUAAAGUAUCCAGAAUCAUAGAAGGAAUUGCUAUCUCUAUUAGAGGAUCGAAAUGGUAUUCUCAAAUGUUCCGUAGAACUCCUCUUCAGACUCACAUUCCCUGCUAGUCUUACUCCUGUGGUUGUACUUCCACUAUUUACACUUAAGUUAUGUUUCAACACUGUAGUAGGUCCUCUGACAUGACAACUCUACAUUUGAUCUUACAAGGAACAUAUUAGAUGUCAGGUGAUCAGCAGGACCAUUCUUUUACUGCUAACCUUCGUAUAGAAUAUGACUUAUCAAUAGUUUUGAUAAUUGAUUCUCCACAGAUGGCUGGUAGCACUUUCUAUAUCAUUCAACGCUAAAGGAGCAAUUCCUUUUUUGGUUUAUUUUAAGCUGAUGAAGUAGUUUCCUGUUCAACAGGAUUCUAUCAUGAUGAUUAAAAAAAGUUUGUCUUGUGUAUAAUAGCUGGUUUUAACCCAUAAAGUAAGUGCCAUUGCAGGUGACAGAAAAAUCCUGAUAUUUUUUUCUGUAACUUGUUUUGUUAUUUAGAUGGUGGAGGGGGAUGGUGGAACACAUUAACAGUAGGGGGACAUACAGAGGUGCCUUUUGUUUUCCCUUUUUUUGGAAAACGGAGCUUAAUUCUUAUUUAGAAAAAUAUGGUCUGGUUGAACAUAUUAGUCGUGAUUAAGCAAUGAACCUUGAACUCACUAUAUUUGAGUUGUGCAGUUGAAAUAAUAUUUUAUUUUAAACUUAUUGCAGUUCAUUGAUCGCAUCAUAAAACUAGGAACCGGGAGGCCAAAACUCAGGACUGAUUGUCCAGGAAAGUUAACAUUCCAGUAAACUGGAUAAGGUAGAAGAAGCAUCUUGCUCUGAAUAUAUUUUUUUUGACAUGUAGCUUGUUUUGGGGGAAAUCUAAAUUAAAUAACCUCAGACAAAUUGAGCCAAUGCAUAUUUUAAUCGUGGUGGUUGAGCUUACAUCUAAAUUGAAAAUAUUAACUAAUUAAUAUGGCUCUUCAAUGUAAUAUUGAAUAAUACAUGUGAUGGGCACCAUGCCACGAACAAGUGAUUGUUCUUUAAAUUGCCCCAAAAAAUUGUUUUUUCAAUUGUUAGAUUGGAUUUGACACACAAGGGAUAGUAUCCUCAAUGCCCUUGUUGUUUUGGUGAAACUCCGUCAUUCUAGCCCUGUUCUAUAUCUGGUGCUAACAUGCAAUCUUGACCAUAUACCUCUCCAGGUAGCCGGGGACAAAUUGAUUGGAUGAAAGUUCAGUGGGCAGAGCUUAGUGACAUGUCACUGGGUGGAGUUUACAAGUGAGUCAAGUAAAGACAAGUGUUUCAGGGAGGUGGAGUGCUUGUGGGAGGGUGUUAAAACAGGUUGCGACAGAUGGUGUUGCCAGUUUGAAUCCAAAUGCAGCUUUUGUUUUCCAACCUACUUAAAUGUUUUAGUACAUAUCUGACAUUCUAAAAUGACUAAAGGAAUGAACAGCUUUAUAAAAUCUACACCCGAUCAUGAAUUCUGUCAAGAGGGCAGAUGGUGUAACAAACAAAACAUAUAUUUCCAUGAAGUCCAUCUGAUAAAGGUAAAUGCUCCCAGGGCAGCAGAAUGUUGAACAUAUCACUUACUGCAUCACAAUUCUGUUCUAGAUGGUGCCCUCCCUCCUGCUGGUGCUGUGGACUAUGACCACAAGGUCACAGGUUCAAGUCUUGCCAUGCCAAUGACCUUUCUCAAGUUAUAUUUUGAACCCUAGUCACUCCCUAUAUUCAAAUGAUGAGAUUCCCAAUGUUAAGACAUAUUGAUCCCUUGAAUCAAUGAUUUGAGGGACUAUUUAAAAUGGUUUGACAAUCAAGAUCUGUUUACACUUGUAAGAUAUCAAGAUACAAUUAGUCCUCGAUGGCCUCUGGAGGUAGUCAGGAAGAAUCACCAUCAAUAAUUGUAAUAUUCUACACGGGUCUAGAAAUGGUCACAAUCAGAAUAUGGACAAGAUCAAGACACAGGACCCAUGUUAACACCAGGUAUAAACGGGGCUUCGAAUGGCAAACUGACAAUGUUAAACAAAAGAGACUUAAAAGAUUCAGGCUGUAUGAGAAGGAACUUACACCCGAGCCAAAACAGAUUUACUUAACAUAUUGUACUAAAGUAAUAUUGACCCUUUUCAACCAUGGGAUUUCAUUUUUUUUAUCACAUUGAUACUACUGCACCACAACACCAAUAAAAGAAACGCAUACAUAGUU